ACUCAUAUCGUCGUCCUUGAUCCUAAGCUCUAUAUCACUCUCGAUCCCUUCCCCGGAAUCCUUUUCAUAUUGCAUCCCUACCAUGUGCCCCCGAAAUAUCAUCACCUCCCGCCUCUGCAGAGCGCUCCACAACAACUCCCACAGGUACUCCACGCUAUCCCAGCCCCAGACGCCCACUACCAGCGCGGUCAAACGCUUCUGGACGUCGCUCUACGCACCCAUGGAGUCGUACAGACCCAAACCGCGCACGCCGAAACAGGACGCGGAGACCGCCGCGCGAAAGCUUGCGGCUAUGCACAAGCGCAAAACCGCGGCGAUCGCCGCUGCCGCCAAGGCCUCCACCCACAUCAUCGACAAGUUUCGCUUCGACUUCUCCUUCGCCUCCCACGUGCACCACGGCUCCAAGCACACGCCGCUGAUUUCAUCGCUUACUGACUUGACGGACUUUGAGUUCAGCGCGGUGCCGCGCGUACCACGCCGCCGCGUUGCAGGCAACGUUGACACCAUUUCCGUGCGCAGCGGCGACGACGCGCUCAUCGCAUCGCCAUAUUUGCUCGGAAUCGCCGACGGGGUUUCGUCGUGGGGCGCAAACUCCGACGCGGGCGUCUGGUCGCGCCUCAUCCUCGAGAACAUGAGCCGCAACGUGAUGCAGUUCAAGCUCAACAUCACCGACAAGACAAAGACAACGCAUGUGCCCAGCUACCACUUCCAGGAGCAGGAGGUGCUCCGGUGCUUGGACCACUCGUUCGUGCAGACCUUGGAGACCAUGGACACGGACGCCAUUGAAGGGUCUUCCACGGUGCUCAUCUCGUUGAUCCUUGGCAAUAAGUUGAAAAUUAUCAGCAUCGGCGACUCCAAGGUGUACGUGAUCCGAAAGGGUGCGCUCAUCGAGACCAACGAGGAGCAGAUGCAGAGCGGCUUGUGCCCGCAGCAGAUCGGCACCAACCACACGGAUGUGCUCCCGUCGCUGGUCACAUGGAUGGACUCGGUUGAGUUACAGGCCGACGACAUUGUCAUUGUGUGUUCCGACGGCUUGUCCGACAACAUGUGGCAGGAUGAGUUGGUGGAGUGCGUGAACAAGAAGCUCGCGGAGAUGGAGCGUGACGGCGAGGAGGACAUGCAGAAGUUGGCCAACUAUUUAUUGUACCGCUCCAAGGACGUGGCCUUUGAUAACUUUGCGGUCUGUCCGUACACCGAGAAGGUGAACAACUUGUCGCUGACCCAGCGCUGUCUGGACGGCUUGGCCGUAGGCGGCAAGGUGGAUGACAUUUCCAUCUGCGUUGCGCGGGUGGUAGAAAACUACUAGUUGAGGUUUGUUACUAUUUACAUUGGAUUUUUGCGCUAGAAUCUCAUUUGGGGUUAAUUUAAGAUGCAUGUACUUGUCUAAGUAUGGUGAGUCAGUGGUCCUGAC